UUCCGCCUCUGCGAAAGCUGCUCAGGGUGCUGCACACGUUAGACCCCCACAGAGACCCGGCCAAGACCUCUGUCGACUCUAUAUAUACCUGUAUGUCGGAUAUUGCUGAAUUUUACAAGAAACACUUACCUCCCCGUGUAGGUAACACAUUUCGAGAUGUCUCUCCUCAAACAUGAAGCAGCCCACGCUAUCCCGCCUCACACCCUGAGCCAGCUGGCAAGGGGGUGGCUGGCAGAGGACACGCCGAACUUUGACCCUGCUGGUGUUUGUGUGGGGUCGCAGGAGGUCGAGGCCGUGCUGCUGUGUAAAACACCAUGCAGUGUACUGGCGGGAGGCCCCUUCUUCACAGCAGUACUCGCUGAGGUUGGCUGUGCGGUGGAAUGGGUGUACCAGGAGGGAGCCGAGAUGGGUCCGGAAGCUGUCACGCUGACUGCUGUUGUGAGAGGCCCAGCAAGGUGCCUCCUCCUUGGUGAGAGACCAGCUCUCAACUGCCUGGCUCGGGCCUCUGGGAUAGCCACCCGCUGCUCUCAGCUUCGGACACUAGCAACAGCUGCAGGCUGGCGUGGAGAAGUGGCAGGCACGCGCAAGACCACCCCCGGCUUCCGACUGGUGGAGAAGUACGCCAUGCUGGUUGGCGGUGUGUCUAUGCACAGGCAGGACCUGAGCGGAAUGGUGAUGCUCAAGGACAACCACGUCUGGGCAUCAGGAAGUAUCACCCGGGCUGUGAAGGCUGCUCGCGGGGUGUGUGGCUUCAGCAGUAAGAUUGAGGUGGAGUGCAGCUCCGGGGAAGAGGCCAGCGAGGCGGCCCAAGCAGGAGCGGAUAUCGUCAUGCUGGACAACUUAAAACCUCAGGAGCUCCACAGUGCAGCUCGCAUCUUGAAGGAAGAGUUCCCCGCCCUAUUAGUAGAGGCCAGCGGAGGAGUGACGCCAGAGAAUCUGCCCCAGUACUUCUCAUCUGAUGUGGACAUCAUCUCUUUGGGCUGUAUAACACAGGGUUGCCCAAUCGUGGACUUCUCACUUAAGGUUCAGAAGCCGUACCCUCGCCCGAGGCUUCAAGAAUGAGAACUACCUCUUGUAAAACACGUAGACAGCUACACACUGAGCGAAAGAUGACGACAUGUUGUGAGAUUUAGUUAUGACUGUCAUAGGGUACAGACAGGGACGUUUCUAGGCAUAGGCAACCUAGGUGGUCGCCUAGGGCACCACCCCCGCCCCUUAAAAUAUAUAGAUAUUGGGAGCAAUUUGAUCUAUAUGUAUUUUCAAUUAUUAUAAAAUAAAAAGAAUAAUG